ACUCGUUUACAUAACAUUCAGAAUAUGGAUUCGAAACAAGCACCGGUGGUUGAGUGCUCGAAAUACACGAAAAGGGUGAUGUUGAAAACUUUAUUAGGACGCAGUGAUGGUGGGGUGGGGUUAAUUGGUCAGAGGGUUGUAAUUGGAGGAUGGGUUAAGUCCUCCAGGGAGAUUAGGAAACAACCUGUAACGCCGCAUUCUGUACCGGCACAGGUGGUAAGUACAAAAGAUGUUACAUGUUCUGAGGUUCUUCAAUCUCGGAUUCCAUUACUCAGGUCUAUUAUGAAGGUCUUUGGGGCAGGGGAAUAUCGUGUACGUGAAAAAAUUAAUGUUGUUUUUCAGCCACAACCUUCGGUGUCAAUAUUGCAAGUUAGUGAUGGUUCUUGUGUGCCCAGUCUUCAGGUUCUGGUGGACUCAGCACUAGCGACUCCGUGCCAAGUUAUGGCUACGGGGACAUGUGUAUUAAUUGAAGGUAUGCUGCAGCAGCCAUCACUGCAGGGGAAGCAUGUUGUUGAGCUCCAAGCAGAGAAAAUCCUACAUCUUGGUUUGGUAGAUCAAUCUAAUUAUCUGUUAUCUAAGAAGCGAUUGCCUCUUGAAUCUUUAAGAGAUUGUUCCCACUUUCGGCCUCGGACAACCACGGUGGCAUCGGUCAUGCGAAUUCAUAAUGCACUUACUUGGGCAACUCAUGGAUUCUUCCAAGAUCAAGGGUUCCUUCACGUUCAAGUACCCAUACUUACAAGCACUGAUUCUGAAGGUUUUAGCGAGAAAUUUGUUGUUACAACUCUUCUUAACAAGGGCAAAAACUAUGACCAAAUUAGUUCCACCGAAAAUGCUGGAGUGAGUGUUGAAGCCAUACGGGCUUCUAUAAAAGAAAAAUCUAAGAAAGUAGAAGAACUUAACAGAACCAAUAGCAAUAAGGAAGCUCUAUUUGCUGCACAACAGGACUUGAAGAAAACACAGGAGCUAGUUUCACAGUUAGAAUCUAGGCAAAAAGCAAACUCUGGAGUCACAAUUGAAACAAGAAAAUUUGACUUCUCUAAAGAUUUCUUUGUACGCCAGACUUACCUAACAGUUUCUGGUCGUCUUCAUCUGGAGAGUCAAGCAUGUGGUCUUGGAAAUGUCUACUCAUUUGGCCCCAGAUUUCAAGCAGUGAAAUCAGAAUCGAAAAAGUCAUUAGCUGAGACAUGGAUGGUAGAUGUUGAAAUGGCCUUCUCAGAGUUAGAGGAUGCCACGGAAUGCGCGAACGACUUUUUGAAGUUUGUAUGCAAAAGGAUUUCGGAGGGUUACAUGGAAGAUCUACAAUUUAUCUUGAAACGGAUAGACCAAAAAGUUAUGGAGCGCCUUCAGUUAACACUAUCAAGUUCAUUUGAAAGGAUUUCCUAUGCCGAAGCCAUAGAAGUUCUGAGACAGGUUCCUGGCAAGAGAUUUCAGGGUAAGAUAGAAUUUGGAGUUUCAUUGACUGAAGAACAUGAAAGUUAUUUGGUUGAUGAGAUAUAUAAAAAGCCAGUCAUUAUAUACAACCAUCCAAAAGGACUUAGACCAUUUUAUGUCCAUUUGAAUGAUGAUGGGAUGACAGUUGCAACAUUUGAUGUGGUUUUACCAAAGGUAGGAACUGUGAUUAGGGGAAGCCAAAGUGAAGAACGCUUCAAUGUGCUGAGCUCAAGGAUGGAAGUAUUGGGCUUGCAAAAACAGCAGUACGAAUGGUAUCUAGAUCUUCGCAGACAUGGCUCUGUCAAAACCUCCGGUUUCAGCCUAAUGCUUGAACCUUUGGUGCUUUAUGCCACUGGCCUGAAUGAUGUCAAAGAUGUUGUCCCUUUCCCUAGAAGUUUCGGCAGAGCUAAUAACUAAGUCCUUAAGAAAAGGAUAGACCACCGAAUCAU